CGCACUCGCGGCGUGCCCGAGACCAAAGUGCUGAUCCGUCUGAACCUGCGGCAAUGGCGUGCCCCGCGGCUGUCCGGUUGUCUGCAUCAUUCCACUUCGUCUGGUUCAUAGCUGUUCACACCGGUCACUGUUCACUGCUCAGUUUCCGUCACGCCACUCGUGCGAACGUUUUUAUCGUUUUUGUAACAGGUAUGACGGCAAGUAAAUUGUGACCUGUGCGCGCGGUCGUUGUAGUGCCCGUUCUAUAUACGAUAUAAUAACGAAAUAUUAUAGUCAUCGCAGUAUUAUUACAAUUAUUAAAUCGAAACGCUUUUCUCGUCGCUGACAACACCGCGUGCCUACCCGACGUAUUAUAAUAUUGUCCACGGUAAUCGGUUUGGUUUCAGUUUUUAGUUUUUAGUCAUUUUAUAUAUAGUUACGGCGUAUUCUAUGAAAACGGCGCGCUAUUUCAUUCCGUAGUUUUUAUCGGCACUCACCUUCAAACCUCUAAACUAACUAUACACGUCAUCGUAUAGAAAUAAACUCGGCCGGCCACGUCUUGCUCGAGUCCAUCACGAUGGCCGUGCUGGCUGGAGCCCGCGACAACGUGGUGUCCAUAUCGGCGGCCGAGUCGAUGAAAAUGUUGGCUUUCUCCGUGGUUUGGGGCUCGUGGAUCGUCGUCAAGAACGCGGCCGUCCGGGCGGUCAGCCCUCUCUGGUCGAACGGCGGUGGCCACGGGGACGACGCCGAUGGCGACGACAGAGAGGCCGGCGCCGAGGUCACUGACAAAGACGCCGUCGCCACUACUACCACCGUCGCCAUUUCCGGUGGCAAGGCUUCCCGUCGGACGCCCAGGGACCGUCCGCCGCCGUGUCUGUCCACCACGGAUUACGGUACCCACUCGUACGUCAAAGUCAAGGGUGUUAAAUUUCAUUACGUUGAAUGUGGUGACCCCAAAGGUACGAUUGUUCUUUUGCUACAUGGAUUUCCUUCAUGUUGGAUUAGUUGGCAUCAUCAAAUUCCCACCUUGUCGAAACAUUUUCGAGUGAUUGCUGUAGACCUUAAAGGUUUUGGUGACUCUGAUAAACCUUCAGCACGCAAAAGUUAUCGAGUUGAAAGUCUGGUCAACGAGCUGGCCGUGUUUUUGUCAAUGCUAGGAGUGGAUGACCUUAAUAAAUGCCACGUGAUCGGUCACGAUUUAGGCGCUCUAUUGGGCUGGUAUCUGGUACAUCUGUGGCCCAACUGUGUGUCAAAAUUUGUAGCCAUUUCAUGUCCACAUCCUAAUGUUCACUGGGAGUACUUACCUCCUUCAAGUUUCUUUAACAAAAAUUGGAUUUGCUUCAGUCAACUUCCUUAUUUACCAGAAAUGGACGCUUUGCAAAGUGAUCUAAAAAUAAUCAACCAGUGUUAUCAACACCUAUCUAAGAACAAGCAAAGCGAUGACUCAUCUUACAUCGACGCAUAUAAAUAUACGUUUUCAAGAACAGAGGAUUGGACGGGUGCUAUAAAUUAUUUUAGAAACUUACCAUUCUACAGAAUUGAGCCUCGAAGUAAUACUGACUCUUUAAAUAAAGAAGAAGACAUGCUUCAAGUUCCGUGUUUACUCAUCACUGGUAGCAAAGAUGCAAGCGUGCAAAUGGAGAGUUUUAUCAAAUCCACAGAGUUUCUAAAAUCAUCUACUCUAAGAAUAAUUGAUAAUGCCUCUCACUUUCCCCAUCAAGAGCAACCCAAAGUAGUCAAUGAUCUAUUGACAUCAUAUUUAGUUUGUGCAAAAGCAGUUCAAAAAGAGCUUUCACCGCAGUACUCUGGUGGUAUAGUUGGACGAAUGAAAGAUAUCGUUUCGUCUACCGUCCAGUAUGGAAAUACGUUGAAAGAUUCAGUGCAGAAGAGAAACAUUUUACCAAUUAAAGCCAUGACGCGGACGUCAUCAUGGCAGAACUAAUCUUUUGCCAUUUGAAAACAAUAAUGUUCUUUUUUAUGUAAAUAUAUUUAUUGUAUCAACAUCGUACUAACAACAAUAAAAGAAAUUUUACUAUCUAUAAUAUUUAUUAUACCUACCUUUAAUUGUUUACAAAUAAAAUAAUUUUAAAUAGUAUGUUGCAGUGCACAACUUACUGUUCAUGCGUAUUAUGUAUUUAUUUAUACGUUAUGAUGGGUGAUAAAAUCGUUCACAUCACGUGUGUACCUAGGAACUUAAUUAGUCUUAUCUACAGUGUUAUUACACAGAACAAACAGAAGGGAAUCUUAAGGCUCAUCGAAAAACCGUCCGACAUUUCUGAAUUUUAAACGUGCUGCCACAUACCGAGAAAUUCCUUUUUUUUUAAGUUUUCUGUGGUUUGUGGCUACGCUGUUAGUCGGCAAUUCCACUCAUAACAACAACAACACAUGUCCAACCAUAGAUAACAUAGAUUAUAAAUCGAUUUGAUUCACGAUUAUAG